GCGACUGGAGCGGGCUCUGCUCCGAGCUGUCCGGGGCCGCCGCCGCUGCUAAUCCGGAGUGGGCAGCGCCGGGUCCCCUUGUCCCAGCCGCCCCGGAGAGCUGCACCGCGUCCCCCAAGCGAUCUCCCCGUCCCCGUCCCCGCAGCGUUCAGGGCUCGUUCCCCGUUGCCCUCGGGGGCUCCGUGCCCCGUGAGCCGGCAUGCUGGCUCUCCUGGCUGGGCUGCUGUUCUCCCUCGCCUCCGGGGCCAGCUGGCGGGGAGUGAGGGGCCAGGAGAGCCCCCCGGGGAGCCGCUUCGUGUGCACCUCCCUGCCGCUGGACGCUGCCCCCUCGGGCUGCCCGCUGCCCCCGGUGCCCAUGCAGGGGGGCGCCCUCCCUUCCGAGGAGGAGCUGAAAGCCACCGUGCUGCAGCUGCGGGAGACCAUCCUGCAGCAGAAGGAGACCAUCGGCAACCAGCGGGAGACCAUCCGGGAGCUGACCAGCAAGCUGAGCCGCUGCGAGAGCUCCCCCGGCCCCGACGGCAAGCCCGGCACUGGAGGGUGGAGGAAAGAGUUGGGCAAAGGCAAAGACACCAUGGGGGACCUGCCCCGGGACCCCACUCAGGUCAUCGACCAGCUGAGCCGGACCAUGCAGACGCUGAAGGACCGGCUGGAGAACCUGGAGCACCAACUUCGAUCCAAUGUGUCAUAUGCAGCCCUGCCUAAUGAGCUUCGAGAGAUGCUUCAAAGGAGGCUUGGAGAUCUAGAGCGCCAGCUUUUAAGCAAAGUGGCUGAACUUGAGGAUGAGAAAUCCCUGCUUCAUAAUGAAACUUCAGCCCAUCGGCAAAAGACAGAAACAGCCCUGAGUGCAUUGCUAGAAAGAGUUUCUGAAUUAGAAAAAGGAAGCAGUGCAUUUAAAUCACCGGAUGAAUUCAAGGUCGGUCUCCCUCUUCGCACAAAUUAUUUAUAUGGGAAGAUCAAGAAGACUCUGCCAGAGUUGUAUGCAUUCACUGUGUGCUUGUGGCUGAGGUCGAGUGCUUCUCCUGGAAUUGGAACACCAUUCUCCUAUGCUGUCCCUGGGCAGGCUAACGAAAUUGUUCUGAUAGAGUGGGGCAAUAAUCCAAUCGAAUUGCUAAUUAAUGACAAGGUUGCCCAGCUUCCUCUGUUUAUUAGUGAUGGAAAGUGGCAUCAUAUCUGCAUCACAUGGACCACGAGAGAUGGCAUGUGGGAGGCUUUUCAGGAUGGAGAGAAACUUGGCACUGGGGAAAACUUAGCCCCUUGGCACCCAAUUAAACCUGGAGGGGUUCUGAUUUUGGGUCAGGAGCAGGACACGGUUGGAGGAAGAUUUGAUGCAACUCAAGCCUUUGUUGGGGAGAUGAGCCAGUUCAAUAUAUGGGACAGGGUCUUAAAAGCAGAAGAUAUCAUGAAUAUUGCUAACUGCUCUACCAACAUGCCUGGAAACAUCAUACCCUGGGUUGAUAACAAUGUUGACGUAUUUGGAGGUGCAACUAAAUGGCCCGUGGAGACAUGUGAAGAGCGUUUGCUAGAUUUAUAGCUACAAUCAUUUUUCUAUUUAAGUGCCCCAUUUUAUUAGGACAAUUUCUUGUAAGGUCUGUCACACUUAUUUCCCCACCAAAUGAAUUGGGGGAAAAAAUCCUGAGUAAACUACUUGGGUACAAAUAAAGCUGGUAGUUCUUGGCAUGAAUCCUGAAGAUGAAAGAGGCACCUGUUGGCUCAAAUAGCAGUUGUCUUAAGGCAGAUCCAAAGGCACCUAUUGAGUUCAAUAGGCUUUGGAUCUGGUUCUUGCUUGGUACACUAAUUCUUCUGGGGGAAUAUCUCCUGCAAAUGUUACCUAUAUCAAGUGGCAGAAUUUCUCCUCCCUGAUAACAUGUGAUACAAACAAAGCACAAAGCUUUUUAAGAGGCAAAACAUACACCUUGGUAUUGAAUCUUCCCCCCCACCUCUAUUCAAUACUUUCUUUUACAACCUUUUUAAAGAAAUUAGGUAAUCCUUAUACUACAUUUACCACAUCUUAAUUCAACACACCUGAGACCUGCAGAUAGUAGCAGAAUAGCCACUACCCGCAUUACAGAAGGUAACUGCUUUACAAUUUAGACAAGCUAGAAUUCUUGUCUUGUGGUAUGUCAUGACCUAAACACUCUGCUUCCUUCCCCAGACCUGAAGAAGAGCUCUGUGUAGCUCACAGGUUUGUACCUUCAACCAAUAGAAGUUGGUCCAAUAAAAGAUAAACACCCCACUCCAUCCCCAUCUUGUU